AUGCCCCGUGCCUUGGCGCCUCUGGUGCUCCUUCUGCUGUGGCUGAUGAGGAUCGCUGCCAGCCCCCACUCCCUGAGGAUCGCUGCCAUCCUGGAUGACCCGAUGGAGUGCAGCAGAGGGGAGCGGCUCUCCAUCACCCUGGCCAAGAACCGCAUCAACCGCGCGCCCGAGCGGGCGGGGAAGGCCAAGGUGGAGGUGGACAUCUUCGAGCUGCUGCGGGACAGCGAGUAUGAGACGGCAGAAACCAUGUGCCAGAUCCUUCCCAAAGGGGUGGUAGGCGUCCUGGGACCUUCCUCCAGCCCAGCCUCCAGCUCUAUUAUCAGCAAUAUCUGCGGGGAGAAAGAGGUUCCUCACUUCAGAGUGGCACCGGAGGAGUUCCUGAAGCUGCAGCUCCAGCGCUUCACCACGCUCAACCUCCACCCCAGCAACACCGACAUCAGCGUGGCCGUGGCAGGAAUCCUGAAUUUCUUUAACUGCACCACCGCCUGCCUCAUCUGCGCCAAAGCUGAAUGCCUUUUAAACCUAGAGAAAUUGCUUCGCCAGUUCCUCAUCUCCAAGGACACGCUCUCGGUCCGAAUGCUGGAUGACAGCCGGGACCCUACCCCUCUGCUGAAAGAGAUCAGGGACGACAAAACAGCCACCAUCAUCGUGCACGCCAACGCUUCCAUGUCCCACACCAUUCUGCAGAAGGCAGCCGAGCUGGGAAUGGCGUCUGCCUACUACACGUACAUCUUCACUAAUCUGGAGUUUUCCCUCCAGCGCCUGGACAGCCUGCUGGAUGACCGAGUCAACAUCCUGGGGUUUUCCAUUUUCAACCAGUCUCACGCUUUCUUCCAAGAGUUUGUGCAGAGCCUCAACCAGUCCUGGCAGGAGAACUGCGACCACGCUCCUUUCACUGGCCCGGCACUCUCCUCCGCCCUGCUGUUCGACGCCGUGUACGCCGUGGUGAGCGCCGUGCAGGAGCUGAACCGGAGCCAGGAGAUCGGCGUGAAGCCCCUGUCCUGCGGCUCUGCCCAGAUCUGGCAGCACGGCACCAGCCUGAUGAACUACCUGCGCAUGGUAGAAUUGGAAGGUCUCACCGGCCACAUCGAAUUCAACAGCAAAGGCCAGAGGUCCAACUACGCCCUGAAAAUCCUGCAGCACACACGCGGUGGCUUCCGGCAGAUCGGCCACUGGCACGUUUCUGAAGGACUCAGCAUGGACAACAGGAUCUUCUCCUCCAACAUAUCCGACAGUCUGUUCAACACCACGCUCAUUGUCACCACCAUCCUGGAAAACCCGUACUUAAUGCUGAAGUGGAACCAUCAGGAGCUGGAAGGCAACGACCGCUACGAGGGCUUCUGCGUGGACAUGCUGAAGGAGCUGGCCGAGAUCCUGCGCUUCAACUAUAAGAUCCACCUGGUCGGCGACGGGGUGUAUGGAGUCCCGGAGGCAAACGGCACGUGGACAGGGAUGGUUGGGGAGCUGAUUGCUCGGAAAGCCGAUUUGGCAGUGGCGGGGCUGACGAUUACCGCGGAGCGGGAGAAGGUGAUUGAUUUCUCUAAGCCAUUCAUGACUUUGGGAAUUAGCAUUCUCUACCGAGUUCAUAUGGGCCGCAAACCUGGCUACUUCUCCUUCCUGGACCCCUUUUCCCCCGGCGUCUGGCUCUUCAUGCUGCUCGCCUACCUGGCCGUCAGCUGUGUCCUCUUCUUGGUUGCUCGGCUGACGCCGUAUGAGUGGUACAGCCCCCACCCCUGCUCGCAAGGCAGAUGCAACCUCCUCAUCAACCAGUACUCGCUCGGCAACAGCCUGUGGUUUCCAGUCGGGGGCUUCAUGCAGCAAGGCUCCACCAUCGCCCCCCAGGCGUUGUCCACGCGCUGCGUCAGUGGAGUCUGGUGGGCCUUCACCUUGAUCAUCAUCUCCUCCUACACGGCCAACCUGGCAGCCUUCCUCACCGUGCAGCGGAUGGAUGUCCCCAUCGAAUCCGUGGAUGACCUGGCUGACCAGACAGCCAUCGAGUACGGCACCAUUCACGGCGGCUCCAGCAUGACCUUCUUCCAAAACUCCCGCUACCAGACGUACCAGCGGAUGUGGAACUACAUGUACUCCAAGCAGCCCAGCGUCUUCGUGAAGAGCACAGAGGAAGGGAUCGCGCGUGUGCUGAACUCCAAUUACGCCUUCCUGCUGGAGUCCACCAUGAACGAGUAUUAUCGUCAGCGCAAUUGCAACCUCACGCAGGUCGGGGGCCUUCUGGACACCAAGGGCUACGGGAUUGGCAUGCCCGUCGGCUCCGUGUUCCGCGACGAGUUCGACCUGGCCAUUCUCCAGCUGCAGGAGAACAACCGCCUGGAAAUCCUGAAGCGCAAGUGGUGGGAAGGAGGCAAAUGUCCCAAGGAGGAGGACCACAGGGCCAAAGGCCUGGGGAUGGAGAACAUUGGUGGAAUCUUCGUGGUUCUCAUCUGUGGCUUAAUCGUAGCGAUUUUUAUGGCAAUGCUGGAAUUUUUGUGGAGCCUUCGGCACUCUGAGCAGUCAGAGGUGUCGGUGUGCCAAGAAAUGGUGACGGAGCUGCGCGACAUCAUCCUCUGCAAGGACAGUUUCCACCCCCGUCGGAGGCGAGGGGGGAUGACACGGACUCGCCCCGUUAUCCCGGAGGAGCGCCGAGCCCGCAGCACGACCACGCUCAGCAACGGGAAGCUGUGCAGCGGGGGAGAGCCAGACCCCCUGGCACAAAGACUGGCACAAGAAGCUGCCCUGGUCGCCCGGGGCUGCACGCACAUCCGCGUCUGCCCCGAGUGCCGCAGGUUUCAGGGGCUCCGGGCACGGCCGCCUCCGGGCUCGCCCGCGCAGAGCGAGGAGAGCUUGGAGUGGGAGAAGACCACCAACAGCAGCGAGCCCGAGUAAAGCCGGGGGGCGGUUGGGGGGAGCCGGGGUGGGCCGAGAGGGUCCUGUUCCAUUUUACAGAACACGGACUUGUACAAUGUCAAACUCGUUUUUAAAUUAAAAGCAGUUACCCAGCUUCUCCAGAGCACGGCAGAACGCCUUGGGGCUGACGCACAAGCCCGGCCGGAGGGUGGGCUUUGGAGAG